AUGCCAACAAGACGAGAUGUCUUGUCACCAAUCACAAAUACGCCUGUUGGGCGACAACAUCCUUCUCAAAAAUUUAUCUCACCAACUACAAGUCGCCAUGUUGGAUUACGGAGUCCUAUUACCUUGCUAAAUUCAGUUCAUGACGAUGAGAAAGAAAGAAAAGAGAGAAGGCGAUCACGUGUCUUGGAUUUGCAAAGGAAAAAUCUUGGCAGUCCAAGUUCUCCAUCAGACAGAGUGACACCUCUUAAUGGACUGAACAGUCUGCAGCUGGCAGAGCAUUAUACGAACUGCAUCAAACUCUCGGCAGAAAACAAAAUCAAUGCAAAAAAUGCUUUUGGACUUCAUCUCAUUGAUUAUAUGUCUGAAUUGCUCAAAAAGAAGGAACUGGAAAACUUUCAGGUUGCUAGUUCCACUCUGGAUGCCAGUGCCAAAAUUUAUGCAGGUCGUGUUGAUUUCAUUCAUGCCGAAACCUACAAAGUUUUAUCUGGACUUGGUCGUGGCUCGGACAAAUCAAAGAAUUCAUCUCAAAAUGAUGAUACAGAGGCUGAUGUUGAAAAUGUUGAGCAGGAAGAAGGACAAAAGAAAAAAAGAAAGGCAAAGAAAAGUCAUACUGUUGAGACAAAGUUGAAAAAUAUCAAUGUCAACAAGUUUGAUCUGGAAUUUGAGGUUGACCCUAUGUUCCACGUAAUGUCGGCAGCGUUUGACGAGGUUGGGACUAGUGGCUUGCUGCUCAACAACCUGCGCUGUUUUGACGACUCGCAACAGCUGGUGCUAGAUUCAUCGGCUCUCAUUUCGGUGGACCACGAUUCUCAGAAGCAAGAGGAAAGAAAACCCAUAUCCGAUGUUGCGGAAAUAAAAGAACUUCUUCAAAAAGCAGACUUUGAUAAGCGACAUAUCUGUCCAGCGUUUUCCGAGUUCAAGUUCAAGGACGAUGUGACUCCUAGUGCAAAAAGCCAGCCAGAGUUUAUCUUCGACAUGAAUGCCGAGCCUGAACCUAUUCCACAAGUUGAAGAUGAAUUUCUCGAUGUCCAGUCUGAGUUGGCCGAAAAUCUUAGCGAUGGUGACAAUCCAGACGAUGAUGCCGUUUACGAUGAUAAUGCUCUGGAAUCCAAUAUUGUGGGUGACAGCAGGACAGCUCAGUUGAUGCACUCAGCAUUCAAAGAUCUCACACAUGGCAGCACAGGUUCAUUGCUUCAGAUUUUGGCUUCCGAGCCUUCGGACUAUUCGUACUUCAACAAAGCACUGCUUCAAACGUGGGCAGGACCAGCUCAUUGGAGGAUAGGGACCGUCUCAAAAGAUUCCCGAUUUAAGAGUGUUAACAAGAGUCAGAAAUCCAAAGUUAAGAAACCGACGUUUCGAAUUGAAUAUGAUGAAACGGUGGAUUUUGAUUUGAAGUAUUUCAAGAAGUCCAAGACGACAAUAUUAACGAAGAGGACAUUGAACGGGUACAGCAAAGACCAGACUACUCUGCCGAAAGAUCUUCACUACGACAUGGACAAGCUCUUCAAGUUAUUCUGCCAGCCGAAGAUUAUGAUCAAGCGACAGAGUUUGGAAGGAGUUGGCCUCGAUGAUCAAAUUACGAACUAUGACUAUGAUAAUACAAAUGACAGAGAAAACUUCUGUGCUGAUUUAGUGAAUGAUGAUGACGAUGAUGCUGACAACAACAGCAAUGAGUUUGACUUUAACUUCGGGGCCGACUCUGGAAACUGCAGUGAAGCUUCGUCACAGAACGUCACGGAACCAAACCUGCAGUUUGAUGGCAUGGCCGCAGACGGGACAGUUCUUUGUGGUGACAAGCUACUGGCUCAGCCGUAUAAGGUUGCCAAAAUUGAUAUUGCCUAUGCAAAAACAGCAAAGAAACUUGAUGUUAGAAAACUAAAGGCUGCUAUGUGGAACAUUCUAACUGUUUCAGCAACACAGAAAAAUAACGAUGCAGAACAGACAGAAGUGGAUAUUUCUAAGGGACUUGAAGAGUUGUCGAUGAAGGAGAAAUCAAUGUCCGAGCAGUGGUCGUUUAACAAAAUGCUGGAGAGUCUUCCAAGCCAUAUCUCGGAGAGUGCAGUGAAAAAUCUCAGUGUUCCCAUCGCCUUCGUCUGUCUUCUUCACUUGGCUAAUGAAAAGUGCUUGAAAAUCCUUGAUACAGACAUGCAAGACCUGAUAAUCUCCCAGGACGUUUAGCAGCUGCUAUUCUGUGAACUGGCACAGUGUUUGUUUUAUUGUCUCUCGUACUAUUUAUAGUGUGUGUCGGUGUAGAGACACCAGUCUGGGGCAAGUUCUGUCAACCGCUUGUCGCUAACAUUAACUAGACUGGGUUUGUUUGGGUUUUUUUUACGCUACACAGUAAACAGAAUUACCACUUUGAGAACCAGUCAAAAUAGUUUGCAAACGUUAGCGAAAUAUGACUGGCUGAACUUGGGUCUGGUCUGUAGCAUUCAUGAUGAACAUCUCAUCUGUACAUAAAAUACAUUUUAGAUUAGUCCAUCAUUUUACUGUAGCUCAAGUAUUUAACUCAAAGUAUUCAGUUGUACAUUUUUGUGGUCUCUUAGUAAUGUAUAGAAUUAAUUUUUUUAUCAGUUUCAGUGAGCAGUAUUCAUAAACUUUAUUCUAACUGAAAGUCCUACAAAUUUUUAAAUGGAAAUUCCUGAGUUUGUAGACUUAGUUACAUCUUUUUGGCAAAUAGUAAGUAUAAUUUGUUUAACGACACCGCUAGAGCACAUUGAUUUAUUAAUCAUCAGGAAUUCGAUGUCAAACAUUUGGUAAUUUUGACAUAUAGUCAGAGAGGAAACCUGCUACAUUUUCCAU